ACAGCGGAAGUGGAAGCCGUCUUGUUCUUCCACCGACCGACACAACUGACACGCACUCACCGGUCACCACGGCGCCGCUUCCCCGCUCGCUCGGUGCUGGUUUAUGUUGGGCCGCUUGCUCGGUAACGCGUCGCAGAGCUUGUUGAAGCGGGUGUCGCGCAUCAUGAAGCCGAAGGUUAUCUUCGUCCUGGGCGGGCCCGGCGCCGGCAAAGGGACGCAGUGCUCCAAAAUAGUGGAGGCCUACAACUACACUCAUUUGUCAGCUGGAGAUUUGCUGAGGGCAGAGCGAAGCAGAGAAGGGUCUGAGUUUGGACAGCUCAUCGAUAACUAUAUCAAAGAAGGCAAAAUCGUCCCGGUGGAGAUCACCAUCAGCUUACUCAGACAGUCCAUGGAAGAGACGAUGACCAAAGAUCAGAACAAGAGCUAUUUCCUAAUCGAUGGCUUCCCUCGUAACGAGGACAACCUGCAGGGCUGGAAAAAGGUCAUGGACGGCAAAGCAGAUGUCAAGUUUGUGCUUUUCUUUGACUGCAGCAACGAGGUUUGCAUCGACAGAUGUUUAGAAAGAGGGAAGAGCAGCGGACGGACAGAUGACAACAGGGAGAGCCUGGAGAAAAGAAUCCAAACCUACCUGAACUCUACGCGACCAAUCAUCGAGCAAUACCAGAAACAUGGCAAGGUGCGCACCAUUGACGCCUCCCGCUCCGUGGACGAGGUGUUUGCUGAUGUGAAAGCCGUCCUGGACAAAGAAGCUUGACUUUUUCCAGCUGUCAGCAACAUUCAUUUAUCUUUUAAAGUUUCUUUUUAUCCACUACUUCAAUGCAUUUCUAUGUCCUUCCAGAUGAGUUUUUAUGUUUUUCAUUUUGAUUUCCGUGUCUUUUUGUAAAUGCGGCGCUGUUCGUGCGAACCCGCCGCGCGGUUGAUAGAAGUAAUGGGGCUGUGGGCCGGGUGCUGGGGGCCGGGGGACGGGAGGAGAUGUCCAGCAGCUACUCGCCAUCGACCCGUUCCGAACCUCUCCUCUCGAGACGCUUGUAAUUUUAUCAAAGACGCUGAACGCUAUCAUCAACAUGGUAUUUAGCACUAAUGUCUUCACAGUAUCAUGUCAUUAGAAGGAGCUGUGAUGCUUCAGACCAAACUGUCAUGUGACCUGGUGACAAGGACCGAGUAGACUCUUCAUCGAUCAGCCAAUAACCUUUCAGGAAUCUCAUUAAAUUCAAUUGUACAUCUGUGUCGUGUUUGGACAGCGGCUGCUCCACAUGGAAGCAUCCAGCAUCUGGUUGGGGGGGGAAAGGCGGGAAGCGUGAGACGUAUCUUUAGCAGAACAUUUUGAUGCACGUCAUUGAAGAAAUAAUAUCUGGGACAAGUUGAAAUAAAUAUGUAGAUGAAAAUGAAUUUUUUUUCGAAUGACAUGUUUGAGGAGGAUUCAUAAAGAUGGAAAGUGAAAACAAAGCAUUGUUUUUGUUUUUUGGGGUUUUUUUUUUUGCUAUUUUGGUUAUGAUACCAAAUAUCAUAAUCAUUCAUUUUAAGGAGAACACCUAUCAAAGCCAACUGAGACCUGUGUGAAAAUGGGAACAUUAAAUCCUGUUUCAUUAUCCACACUCAGUGCACAUGACUACAUAUGUUUACAUCAUCACAGAGUCAAAAUCCAACACAAUGUGUAUGUAGCUGUUUCCAUUGAGCAAAUUUGUGCAAUAUGGUAUAUUGAAAAUAAAAUAGCUUGAUUAAAAACA